GCAGGUAACAGUAGAGUCAGUCAGCUUUAGUGGCAGUACCGCUAAGUCAGGUCGAGGUGUGUCUGAGCGCAGAAACGCAACACGGGACACGCCGCAUCCUCCAGAGUCACCGUGACACGGUACUUCAUGCUAGCUAGUUAACCAACGAGCUACAAUGCUUUCUGUUACAGCCGCUGUGAUCAAGAGCACCCGUGCUAUCCAGUGUGUCAGGCUCCUACAUACUUCUCCUAUUGCCAAGAUGCCGAUUCAGGUUGGUGAACAUCUCCCUGCAGUGGAGGUCCAGGAGGGGGAGCCAGGAAAUAAGGUGGCUAUGGAUCAGCUCUUCAAGGGGAAGAAGGGAGUCCUCUUUGCUGUACCUGGAGCUUUUACCCCUGGUUGUUCCAAGACUCACCUCCCAGGUUUUGUGCAGCAGGCCGCGGACCUGAAGAGUAAAGGUAUACAGGAGGUCGCUUGUGUUUCUGUCAAUGAUGCAUUUGUCAUGGCCGCCUGGGGAAAGGAGCAUGGAACAGAUGGCAAGGUUCGAAUGCUGGCUGAUCCCACUGGAGCUUUUACAAAGGCUGUUGACCUUUUACUUGACAGUGAUCAGAUUGUGCAGGUACUUGGGAACAAGCGAUCCAAGAGAUAUGCUAUGUUGGUGGAAGAUGGAGUUGUGAAGAAGAUCAACGUGGAGCCCGAUGGCACCGGGCUGACCUGCAGCCUGGCUUCCAAUAUUCUGUCUGAUCUGUAGGGUUAUUUAGAGCUUAUUAAACCGCACUGCAAACCCUGAGUUACUGUAAAAGUUGCACUAACAAAGCCCUGUACCAACCUAUUCAAGCUCUCUCCUUUUCACAAAGACGGAUGCAAAUGUCACAUGGAUGCUAAUGUCAAAAAAACAGCUGGAAGGUUAUUAAUGCGCACAAUAGAUGUAAAUGGCAAUCCAAAGGAACAUGCAUCAUCCUCUGUAUACUGUUACUUCUGAGUAAAUAAAGUUCACCCUGAAAGCACUAAUCACUGUUUUCCUUAUUGCUCAUAGGAUAAGUUAUUUUUUCUGUGAAUAAAAUAUCCC